AUGGCAAAGCCCAAGGCUCCGCAAAAGUCGUACGCUUCAGCGCUGGGCGAAGAAGCGAGUUCGACUCGGGACGGCACAGCCAACUCUACAGCAGGUGGUAGCAAGAAGAAGCGCCAUCGCGCUGGAAAGAAGCGUCGCAACCGCAGACAGAGCUUUGCUGCCCCUUCAGAGUCGACUGCCGCCGAACGCGAGGACGAUCAGAACCAGCGACCCACUCUAACAUCCAACCGACCAUCGGCCACACAAACCAGCUUCUAUCGUCUCAAGUCGGCCGCACGCAGCAACACCAGCCUCGAGAGCGACGCCCUGCUCGAUCACCGCGAUCACCAACCCAUCCGUCCUCGUCGAGGAAGCAUUCAACAACCACCGAGAAACUCGGCUGGUCUCUAUCCUCGCAACCAUCGCAGUUCGCAUGGCGUCUCUCAAUCAAGUCCCGUGAAGCCUCGCCACAUUCAAUACAGCGACGACGAGGAUGAAGAGGCCGUGACCGAUCGUACCCCCCUAAUCUCGCAAUCCUACUACGACCGACCUCCGAUUGAGCGCAACAGAUCAGGUCAUCGUACCUAUGGUGGCACUCGCCGUAGACAGUCGGCCACUUCUCACACAUCCAGCAAGCGAGCCAGAUACCCUAGCGGCAGUGAUGAUGAUUACGAUGUCAACAAUCCUCCUUCCAUGCCAGGUUCCCCUAAGCUGGGCACCCUCAACGAUGUCAUGAUCGCUCAGGAGUUCUCAGGCUCUCCCUCGUCCGAGAAUCGUGAUGCCAUCAUCAACAUUGACCGGGACAACAACUCAGACCGUCACCCUUCAUCCUCACCACCAACCCCAUCUGCCGAGGCUCGCAGACGUACACUUGCCAACCUUGCUGAGAACGACGUCUGCUAUCCCGGCCACAUUGCCGAGUCAGAGCUUGGUGAAGAUGAUUUGACGCCUACCGAUCAAGGUCAACGUCGUACCAGCCGUCGUAGACGCCACCGACAAUGGCCCGAUCUCGAUGUUUUGGACGAAUGGAGUCGCAUCGAGAAGGAGGAGAGGGACCACACUGAGCAGAUCCGCUCCAAGAAGAUCAGCGAGCCGGUUAUGGUCGGUGGCCGUCUACGUCCUGCAAAGACCCAAUGGCACAGAGAAGAAGACGAUGCCCCAUACCGCUACACCUACUUCAACGAAACCUUUGAUGGCACCAUCCAUAGCAGGACUAUCUCCGAGCUCUGUCAAUUUGGUGCUACCUUCCGUGAGCUCUUCAACCCCGAACCACCAGAGCUCAGUGACGAUAGCAGCUCCGAAGAAGAAGAUAAUCCUCUACCAGAGGCUCCGUCAGGUCGAGAGUCUAGGCUUAGCUCAAUCGCUGGUGAUGGAAAAGCGCCAGAUCGCUCAGCCUCUGCCACACCUGCUCAGUCUCGACCGCCGCGUAGGCCUAAGGAGAAACGUUAUGGUCCUCGUCCUACAUUCUGGCUAGACGUCCUUAGUCCCACCGAGACAGAGAUGAAGAUCCUCGCCAAGUCCUUCGGUAUCCAUCAACUUACCGUCGAGGAUAUCAUGAUGCAAGAGCCUCGUGAGAAGGUCGAACUGUUCCAAAGCUACUACUUCGUCAACUACCGCAGUUUCGAGCAGGACAAGGAUAACGAGGAAUACAUGGAGCCCGUGAACAUGUAUGUUGUCGUCUUCAAAGAUGGCGUCAUCAGCUUCCACUUUUCCAUGACACCUCACCCUGCCAACGUCCGCCGUCGCAUUCGUCAACUUAACGAUUACAUGUCUCCGACAGCAGACUGGAUUUCUUAUGCCAUCAUUGAUGACAUCACAGAUGUAUAUGCUCCUUUGGUCCAAGUUAUUGAAGAUGAGGUAGACGAGAUUGAUUACGAAAUUCUUGCGCUACAUUCGUCCGAUGAAAAUACAGACGACAAGGUCAAAAAUAGUGCAAAAGCCAAAGAGCUUGAGUACGAAAAGAUGAGCAAGGUUGCCGGGAGCGAUACCCAAUCCGAAAAGGGUGAACGUACAGCUGGCGAUAGUGGUGGUGACAUGCUCCGACGCGUCGGAAACUGCAGAAAGAAGGUUAUGAGUCUUUACCGUCUCCUUGGUAACAAGGCGGAUGUUAUCAAGGGUUUUGCCAAAAGGUGCAACGAGCAUUGGGAAGUUGCACCCAGGUCCGAGAUUGGUUUGUACCUCGGCGAUAUCCAAGAUCACGUCGCAACCAUGACAGGUAAUCUGUCUCAUUACGAAAAUCUUCUUUCGAGAGCGCACGGCAACUACCUUGCUCAGAUCAACAUCCGAAUGAACGAGCGUGCAGAGCAAACCAACGAUGUUCUCGGCAAGCUUACCGUGCUGGGUACUAUUGUCCUUCCUAUGAAUAUCGUCACCGGAAUGUGGGGAAUGAAUACAAAGGUGCCUGGACAAGAUGGCGAAGACUUGACCUGGUUUUGGGGUCUUACAGCUGGUCUGUUCGCUUUUGGACUGAUCAGUUAUUUCAUUGCCAAAAGAGUCUACGGCAUCGUUUGA